UUAAAGAACAACAACAACAAAAAAUAAAAGGUGCGGCGUGAAGUAGCUGACCUCACUUAACCCUUCUGGGUCACAGUUAUCUGUAAAUUAAGGGGUGUGUGGUGGAGUACACGACCAUCUGGGCCUCAGGUUACUUCUCCAUAAAAUAAGGGGAGGGGGGUUAGAUGACCUCCAAGGCUUCCUCCGGCUGUAUGAUCCUAUGGCACAAACUCUCAGAGAAGCGAUGUCCACAGCAAACCAAGCCUCCUUCAAUAGCGUCUCGCUUUUACUUUGUCAGGACCGACAACAGGUCAAAUAAAACUUCCUACGUGGAGGACUUCCCAGAAAGUGAGAAGCAGGAACCAGCGUCAUAUCCGUCUGCGCAAGCGCGGGAGGCUGCGCAUGAGCAAAACGAAUCUACUGACGUAGAGCAGCGUCUUCCGCACUUCCGUAUUUUGUGGGUCGCGGCUCGGAAAAAUAUUGUCAUUCAAGUAAUCUAUUUGGAGUUGGUUUUAAAUGCAAAUAUGCCAGUUCACCUAGUGAAGGAAGUCAAUGGAGUGCCUGAAGUUCAAUUACCAAGCUACUUAGAAGAAGUGGAUUUCAGAACUCUACAACUUGGUUGUGAUUAUACUAACAAAUUUAUUCAGGGUACGGUUUCACUUAUCUACUCUUUAACUCAACUUGGAGAUGGAACUGCCUUUUUGAAGAUAAUAUUACAAGAGAAAGAGAAAUUUCAUCCAGAAAUCAACACAAUCAAUAUAUUAUUCUUUGGAAAUUUAGCUGAGCAGUGUGCAAAAAUUAUGCACCAAGGGGAUACAAUUGUAGUGACCGGAUUUGUUUUAGAGGAGACUUCCUCUUCAAGUAAACAUGGAAAGAACUGUUUGCAACUGAAAAUGUCUCCAAAUGAAUCUACUGCUUAUGUUUAUGUUAAAUGUGACACAGUUAUUUCUGAGGAACCUAUAUGUUUGAGUGUGACACCCAAGUAUACAUAUACACCCCUGAAUCAACUUAAGCAUGGAUCUAUAGUCAACGUGUAUGGUGCUGUGAAGUUCUUCAAGCCCCCUUAUCGAAGCAGAGGAACUGAUUAUUGCUCAGUUGUAAGUAUUAUGGACCAGUCCAAUGCCAAGUUAACCUGUAUGCUUUUUAGUGUAAAUCUUGAUACACUUCCAGUAAUCUACAAAAUUGGAGACAUUGUUCGUUUUCAUAGACUGAAGAUACAGCAAUAUAAAAAUGAAAUUCAAGGUGUUACUACUGUUGGAUUUUCAUCUCUUACAUUUGAGGGAACUUUGGGAACUCCAGUAAUUCCUCGUACUUCAAGCAAAAUAUAUACCUUCACCACAGAUGACCAGAAAGCAGUAGAAGCAUUGCGUAUUUGGGCAGCUAAUCAUAUUUCCUCCUCUGGGGCAUUAGUAAAAUUGUCUGAUAUAAAGGCAGUGCAGUAUUUUGACUUGACUUGUGAACUUGUAGGGAAAGCAGAAGUAGAUGGAUCUUCAGUUCUUCUAAAGGUGUGGGAUGGUACAAAACCUCCAUUUCCAUCCUGGAAGGUCUUAUUUGAAGAUGGUUCUCUUGAAGGGGACGCAGAUCGUAUUAAUCAAUUGCAGCAUCUGACAGUAGACAUCCUGGUUUAUGAUAACCAUGUUGCAUUGGCCAAAUCUCUAGAGAUUGGAACCUUUCUCAGGAUUUAUAGUUUACACACAAAAAUUCAUCCCAACUCCAAGAAGCAGUCAAAUAUUCCACAUCUAGAAUUUCAUCUUCAUGGAGGUACCUGCUAUGGUCGAGGAAUCAAGGUCUUGCCAGAAAAUAACUGUGAUGUUGAAGAACUGAAAAGGUUUUUAGAUUCUGUGGAUCUAGCUGAGUAUCAGCAGUUGGAGAAUGUCUGUGAUUUGGACUAUAACAUCUCAAACAGUUAUUCCUCCCAAGACUUUGUGUCACCAUGUGAUCUAGAAAGAUGUCAACAGCUAUCUGCCACAGUACUUACAGAUCACCAGUAUUUGGAGACAACUCCAUUGAGUGCUAUUUUGAAACGUGAUGCUCCUCAACAGUAUCGCAUCAGAGCAAAACUAAGGAACUAUGAACCCCAGAAACUUUAUCAGUCCGUUAAACUUCAUUGUCCUAAAUGCCAUUCACUGCAAGAAGUUCCACAUGAAAGUGACCUUGAGUUACUUUUGCAAGAGGCUGCAACAGAGCAGUCAGAUCCCAAACUACAAAAUACAUCACUAUAUGACUCAGAAGUGUGGACUACCCAAAACCAGCAAGAAAGAAAAAUAGUUAUUCAUUUCGUAAAACACGAUGGAAUUCUCCAUGCCCCAGAAGAUACCUUGAUCAUGAUAGAAGGAGGAAUAUUGAGUGAAAUUUAUCAACUCUCAAAAAAGUUUAAAGGUGUUAUUCCUGUGAAAUCCAGCCAAGAAGACCUCAUUGUCCUAGAUCUGGCAGUACCAUUCCUCAUACAAGGAAAAACAUGGCAUUAUGGAUGCAAGCAGUGUUCUAAAUUGAAGACAAUGCAGAAUCUGAAUUCUCUUGUUAAAGAAGCAUCGUGGACACCUGUUUGCAUUGCCCAAGCACUGGGCAUUGUACCACUCCAGUAUGUAUUUGUUAUGACAUUUACUCUUGAUGAUGGAACAGGAACCCUGAAAGUAUACCUAAUGGACUGUGAAAAUUUUUUUCAAAUUCCUGCCUCAGAGAUUCUAAACAGUGAUGACCUUCAGAAAAAUAUGGAAAUGAUCAUGUAUAUGCUUUGUCCGCCAGGAAAAAAAAUUGGAGAAUACCCCUGGUUGGAAUGCUUUAUCAAGUCUUAUAAUGUCAGAAAUGAAGUGGAACAGGAAAUUUGCUAUCGGAUUUUUGAUACUGUGGUUGCAGAAGAUUUAAUCUAAUGUUUAAGUAUAUAUGUAAUAUAAAUGUAUAAUAAUGUAAUAUGCCUCUGAUAUAUAACUAACU